AUGUCUUCUUUCCAUCUUCGUCCCGUCGCAGAGCACUCCCCCUCCCCACCAUCAAGCGCCUCCACAACAACAGCAGGAGAUCAUAGUCCUCUCCACAAAUCAUCAAUAAUUCAUCAUACUUCACCACAAUCAGGCGCACCAAGGCGUCCUCUCUCUCCAAGCUCACUUCGUGAUGUCAACCUAACUCAGGAUGGUAGUUCUACACCCAGAAAGUACCCUGCACCACCUACAGGUCAUGAACUUAUGGCGCUUUUCCCUCCUGCACCACCAGCAAACUUUGCAGAAAUGAGACCUGGGCCUACCAGUGGAUUCUUUCAAAGACAGGAACGCGCGUUCUUUGCACAAGCUGGAAGGGAGAUCGUUCGUGUUCGGGUAGAAAUCGAUGUACCACAACAAGAGGAUAGCAGCAAAACUAGGGAAGCAGCACAAAGUGGUGUACCGCGCUCUUGGCCACAGCUUCCACCACACCCUCAGCAUCACUCUCCGAUUGAUUCGCCGAUGGGACCGUAUCCCCAUCAUGCAAAGCAACCCCGGUCUUCCCGUUCAAUGCCGACACCCACGCAGCCACCAUCCAUGUUUCCCGUGGCAGCUCACAGCCAACCAACUCAGCCACCUCUCAAUCUCCACUCGCAAUCGCAUCAUGGUGGCGUCGGUUUACGUAGUCCACCUCAUGACGUACAUGCCAUUCCUGGUGCAAAAGUAGAAAUUCCUCCUACAGAGGAUUACCGAGAAGACUCUGAUGAUGCGUGGCGGAGGCCAACACCAUAUGCAGAUCGCCGGCGAGCAGGAAAGCAUACUAAGCGAAUCGUUGUUCGAAAUUGA